AUGAUUUUCAAAUUAUCUAUUGGAUUAAUCUUAUUAUUAAUAAUUUCGAACGUUAAUUGUUGUGGAAGAGGUCGACGUGGCGGAAGACGUGGAUCUAGUCGUGGAUCUUGGAGUUUAUUCAGUCGUUCAUCUUCUUCAGGAUCUAGAAAUUCCGGAACUUUGUCAGGACAUUAUGGAUCAGGAUCAUCUGGAUCUUAUGGGUCUAGAUCCUCUGGGUCAUCUGCGUCGUCUGGAUCUUAUGGGUCUAAAUCCUAUGGGUCAUCUCUGUCGUCUGGAUAUUACGGAUCUUCAGGAUCCUCUGGGUCGUAUGGAUCCUCUGGAUCAUAUGGAUCAUCUAAACACCAUGAGUCUUUACCAUCAUCUGGAUCUUCUGGAUCAAAAGGACAUUCUGAAUCAAAUGAAGCUCUCAAUUUCCUCAAAGACAAUUCGUACAACCCAUUUCGUACCUUUCCCAUUUACAAUUCACACUAUCACCAUUGGAAUUAUAACAGACCAUCUUACGGCUUAAGUGGUGCUGGAAAAUCAGUUUCAUCGACUACUCCAACAUCUACAUCCACUAAUAGUCCAGCAAAUUUGCCAGUAUUGUCACAAAAUGCGUAUCAACAACUUAUAAACCAAAUCUUCAGUAUGAAUGAAUUUAAUAAUCCCAAAAAAUCUGAAUCAAAUACUACCCCAAAAACAGAGAUGUCAACAAAAUCAAGCUUACCUGCUUCGACAACUGAAAAUUUCUUCUUUACUAUAAAAAAUAUUUUGAGAAUGACUAAUCGCGGGAGAGAUGUAGAUCUGGAAAAAUUCCUUGAUUCAAAGUAUUUUUAAAAAUUAAAAUUAAAAAAGUUUGAAAAAUCCAAAAGUGCACGCCUCAU